AUGGCUGUCCACGUCGGAUCAUCGUCUGAAUGGCGACAAAUCCUCCAGUCCACCAUCGUGGUGGCUGACUUCUACGCCGACUGGUGUGGUCCCUGCAAAAUGAUCGCACCGACAUUCGAGUCCCUUGCAACCAAAUUCUCCAAGCCGAAGCGCAUUACAUUCGCCAAGAUCAACGUUGACAACCAGAAGGACAUCGCAUCGCAAUAUGGCGUGCGCGCCAUGCCUACCUUCAUGAUCUUCAAGAACGGCUCCGCAAUAGAUACCAUUCAGGGAGCCAAUCCGCCUGCUCUGACCGCCGCGGUAGAGAAGGCCGUCAAGUUGGCGGGCCCCACGACUGGGGGAGGUUUCAACGUGCCAGGGCGCACUCUGGGGGGCAGUGGCCCUGCACAGUCUCGGGAGUCGCUUCGAAGGCCGAUCAAAUGGGACCUGAACAACUUCCUGAACGCGAUCAUCAAUUUCUUCGGACUGUACCUGGUCUCGUUGUUCUCGUUUGACCCUUACAAAGCCGCCGAGACCUCCAGAUACAACGUACACAAUCCUGUCGCGCCUGCAACUACCUCCAGCAGUUCUGCGCCCGGUGGGGCCGUCAAGAAACCAGCUCCUAAGGCUACAUUCCGGACUCUGGCCGACCUGGGUAACGAUUAA